AGAGAAAUUAUAUUAUUUCAACAUUUAAAUUCAAUUUUUUGUUGAUAUGUUAUUUUUUAAACCCGUGAUUCAGGUUCCAUAACUAAAAUUCCGGGCGCUCGGGCUAAAAGGGCCCAAAGUUCACCGGUUGUUUAUUCAAAGGCCACUAUUUUUGUGUGUACACCGGUCUUUUCCGUCAGUUAAAUAUGUAAGCGUCGCCCAUAAGUGGAGUGAAGUUUGUUUUUUCUUUUAUUUCUCGCCAUUCAGCUAUUUAUUUUAUUUAUUUAUCAUGAAUAUCAUACCAUUAUUGUGCGGUUUUGUGACUGUUAUUAUUAUUAUAAUAGCAUUCAUUUAUGAUUUAACCGAACCAGGCAAUUCUUUGAACCCUACCGAAGUAUAUUACUCUGUCACCAAAGAGAACGGCAAAGCUUUAAAACAAGAUGAGGAUAACACUGUUUUGAACGGAGAACACGACAAAAUAUUCUGGUUUAUUCAGGUAACUGAUAUGCAUUUUAGUAUAUUCCGUGACUUAAAAAGAGGACCGGAUUUAAUACGAUUUUGUCAAUCCCAGAUAAGUAUCAUUCGUCCAAAGUUUGUUAUCGUUUCGGGUGACAUUGUAGAUGCGAAAAGUGAAAAUUUGCUUGGUUCACAACAAUAUUUAGCUGAAUGGAAAAUUUACCAGCAAGUGACGGAUGAGUGUGCUCGAGUGGUGCAAGGACAAUGGUUCGAUAUUCGAGGAAACCACGAUGUUUUCGAUGUGCCCCACGUUAAUAGUUCAAAUAACUAUUUUAAACGCUACACAACUCAGAAGAGGUUCAGCAACCAAACCUCAUACAUGUUUGAUUUCAAUACCGGUUACGGUCGUUAUACAUUCAUUGGUAUAGAUGCUUGCUUAGCACCCGGUCCGAGAAGGCCGUUUAAUUUCUUUGGACGGCUGAGAGAGCAGGAUGUGGACCAAUUGUUGGAAUAUACGCACAAAAGUCGCAAUAGUAACCUAACGAUAUGGUUUAGUCAUUAUCCAACUUCUUUCAUCAUCUACCCAGACUUACGUUCGGUAAUGAAAAGAGGCAUCGCUCACUUAUCUGGACAUCUACACACGCUAGGUGGACAUGUUCCUAAUAUGUACACACGCCAAAAGACCGGAAUGCUGGAAUUAGAAUUAGGGGACUGGAAAGAUAACCGAAUGUUUCGCCUUCUCGCUAUUGAUCACGACCUUUUAUCGUUCACCGAUGAAGUAAUCAACACCUGGCCACUUGUUCUCAUCACUAAUCCGAAACAUGCUCUGUUUUUGGCACCCAGGCACGAACCUUUAUACAGGAUUGCCACGUCAACGCACAUAAGGAUACUAGCAUUUAGCUCCAGCCUCAUCAAACAUGUGAAUGUCUCUAUCGAUAAUAUAUUUCUUGGAUCAGCAGAACCUGUAAGAGAUGGUCUUUUUGUGUUGCCCUGGCAACCGGCUUCUUACGCAAAAGGUUUACACAAAAUAUCGGUCUCAGUCGCAGACUCUCAGGGACAUCAAAAGACUGUCGAACAACCAUUCUCUAUUGACAACAGUCAACCGAACUUCAAUUUUGUACCGAAGCUGUUGUUAAUGAUGAAUCAUUUUGUGGUCGGUAAAGUAUUAUUUUGGAGCAUUUUCUUACUUUGGCUGACUAUUUUAAUUUUACUUCGAAACUGUUAUAGAAUCAGAAACUAUCUUUUCAUUUCGGACGUCCGUAUUAUUGAUUCAGUGUGCGGCUGGUGUAACUUUUGGAUUAUGUUGCUCUGGAAAUUAACGCAAGUGGAUAAAUUAUUUUAUAUUGUUAUCUUCACAUGCAUCUAUACUGGUAUUGGGCCAUGGUUUAUUGGAGAAUUCCUCGAAAAUGAAAUCGGUGCCAUGUUUGUAUGGGGCAUCGUUGUUAUGAAGUCUUAUAUACCUGGUAGUUUUACAUACUUUUUCGGUAUUUUUCAGUUUAUUACUUUCAACAUACCACUAACAUUUUAUGUGAGUUAUUACUUUGAUAGAGUUAAUUACAAAUUCCAGUGUUGGAAUCGUUCGUGUCACAAUCGACAGAAUCACCGAUUUUGGCUCCCUACAUGGUGGUUAGUAAUGAUGGAGAUUCCAUUUAUCUGUUUCUUUUUAUUUCAAUCCUACCUCGCCUUAACCGGUUUCCCCAAAGCCUAUGGCAUCAUGGCAUUUUACACAUGUCCUGUACGAACAUGGAGUGCUGUAUUUCUGGUUGGUAUAAAUAUUUAUACAUACCGAUUAGCUUGCAGGGACCCUCCAGUGAUGCGACGUUCACCAAGUCAAGAUAGAUAAAAAAAAAAUGAUUUCGUAUAUGGUAUUAUUUUAAUUGUUGUUAUUACAAAGCUGUGUUCGUUUAUUGAUACAUUGCUAUCAAAAGUUCUUAAGCUGCUGCUUUGAAACUUGGUGCACUGGUUUCCACAUCACAAAGGGUGUUUUGGCAACACGAGUGGUCUAAAAAAAAAAAAAAGGAAACUUAUUCUCUUAUCCCUCCUCUCACCGUGUAAAAUGUGAUUGAAAAUUUUCUAUUAAAAUGAUCGAAAUCAGCUGAUGGUGUAUAUAUAUGAUAUGCAGACCAGUAAGGAGGUAACAAGUGACAAUUCAACAGAUGUCACAAACGUUGGUUCACGCCUGUGAGUUGUCUCAAACGAUAUUUGUACUCUAUGUAUUUAUUUCACUGUCUCAGUUAAACCAGUUUGUGUAAAUUUGUCAAUAUUUCUUUGUGUCUGAAUAUCAUCAAGUGACCGUAAAUAUGAGAGUUAUUCACUCCAAGCUGCGACUCAUCACCAAUAGGUAACGAAUUUUAUAGGAUUUAAGUCUAAUGAAUGAAGAAUGUUUAAUAUAGCCACAAUGUAAGCCAGCAAAGUUACAAACGGAAAAAAAUGUAAAAAGAAAGACUGAAUAGUGACAUGGGGACCUUGGAACCAGUUUGGGGUAUAUAUAUAUAUAUAUAUAUAUAUAUAUAUAUAUAUAUAUAUAGUGUGU